AUGAUCAUUGAUGCCGACCACAUAUCCGCCAUCGAUCUUAUGACCCGUCGUCUCAUCGCUUCCGGCUCUCCUCAUACAUCUCAACCAGUGACAGUUGGUACUUGGUUCUCGUUAGGCCACUCUACUAUUGUAGUCAUAACCUGUAUCGUCGUUGCAGCCACUUCUGGCGCUCUUGAGUCACGCUUCAAUUCUUUUAGUAAUAUAGGGGGAAUUAUCGGCACGGGUGUAUCUGCUGGUGUACUCAUUAUACUUGGAAUUGGAAAUGCAUGGAUUCUAUGGAAAUUGGUGGUCAAAUUACGAGCAGUUCUGAGGGAAGAAGUUGAUGGAGAUGGAGGUGAAAUGGGAUUAGGUUUUGAUGGCGGAGGAAUUAUGAUGAGAGUUCUUCGAAGAGUUUUCAAAGUGAUCGAUCGUCCAUGGAAAAUGUAUCCUCUGGGAGUAUUGUUCGGACUGGGUUUCGAUACCAGUAGUGAGAUUGCAGUUCUGGGAAUUGCAUCUGUUGAAGGUGCUAAAGGAACCAAUAUUUGGCUAAUCUUGAUAUUUCCUGUUUUAUUUACUGCCGGCAUGUGUCUAAUCGACACCACCGACGGCGCACUAAUGAUGACUCUCUACACAUCCACAUCUCUCGCCCGCGACACAAUAGCUAUUCUCUACUACUCAAUUGUCCUAACAGGUAUUACAGUCCUCGUGGCUAUCUGCAUUGGAGUCAUUCAAUUACUCUCCUUAAUAGCGAAUUUCUCAACAGGACCUUUCUGGGAUGGAGUUAAUGCUGCAGGUGAUCACUUCGAUGUUAUUGGCGGGAGGGCAUCUGUGGAGCUUUUGUAGUUUUUUGGCGGCGCGAGUGUGUUACUCUAUGGUCCUUGGAGAAG